AUGAGUUACAAAUCGGAGAGGGUAACGGCUUAUGCCAUUCUAGUACCCGUAUAUCCAGCGCAUACUUUUUACGUCAUCAGCUCUGGCCACCCUUCAGGAGAACAAAUUUUUACCGCUAUGUUCAAGAUAAGGCAGUUGAUCGCUGCACCUGGUACCUUAAGCUUGCUUGCAGUACAGGUAUAUGCUGAUUCUCUUGAGAAUGAAUCUUCCAAAAAGAACCUACUAAAAGUUGAUGAGCUUUCACUCUAUACCAGUCCAACACCAAAAUUAAAAUAUGUGGAAGAUCCACAGUCACAACUGGAAGAAAGUAUUUGUCAUCUGCGGCAUUCUUUGGAGCCAUAUGCAGCCUGGUUUCAGGAUUGUACUGGUAAAGCUAUGCCCAAGGUAGAAAAAACAUGUGAAUAUGUUAAAGAUUGUUAUGAAAUUAUUAAAACUCCACCUCCAGGAUUUUAUCCAAGGCUUGGUGUUAUAGGUUUUGCUGGUGUUGUUGGAUUGUUCUUAGCAAGAGGUUCCAAAAUUAAAAGAUUGGUGUAUCCAAUAAGCUUCAUGGGGAUUGGUACCGCGCUCUACUAUCCACAGCAAACAGUUGCUGUUGCCAAGGUAACUGGCUUUCGCCUAUAUGAUUGGAGUCUACAAGCAUAUGUAAGCCUAGAAUCCCUUUGGAAAGAUAGUUCAAAAAAGAAAAAGGCUGCAAAAGCAAGCAGCAAGUCUGAUGCAGAAAGUGAUAAAGCAUUGGAAGUACAAGAAGAAAGAACAAUAAAAUAAAAUACUCCAUUGUUUCUUGUUGAACAGAAUCUAUGAAGAUUGACCAUGGUUUUCCACUGUCUUUGUUUUGGAAAGCCUGGCUUGAAAACAUAUCUGAAUUACCUAACCAUAUGUUUGAUAUGGUAUCUGUAUUCUGCCAGCUUUGGACUUCCAGUCAAAGUUCUGCAUGAUUAUCUUGGGCUCCUUUUACGACCUGAGUCUCUCUCUGAAUUCCUGAGCAAUACUUGCAAAGAAGUAUGUUUAAUUAAAUCUAAUGGGAUGUAAUGCUACAUAAAUGUUUAAGAUUGGGCUGCAAAUUAAAUCUCAAAACUUCUC